CAGGAUACUGGAGCCCAUGUGCACAAUUGGUUUGAGAUCCGGUUAAAGCGCCGGACAUUCACUUACUGUGCGACAAUGCCCAAGGCAUGCAAUCCCCAUUUAAUCAGUAGGCAAUCAAUGUCCGUAAGUAUGGAAUGUGCUUUGCACCUUCGAAGUGCAAAGUACUUCUACAAGAUUGGCAGGAUUUUAAUCCUGUACUCACUGUGGAUGGUGAGCAGAUAGAAUUAGUCGAGAAGUUCGUGUAUCUAGGUAGCUGCAUAAGUUCUGGUGGGGGUGUGAGUGAUCAGAUCAAUGCGCGUGUAGUGAAAGCCAGAGCUCUAUGCUUGUGAAACCUGGCCUCUCCGAGUUGAGGACGUUAGACGACUCUGUGUUCGAUCAUCGUUGUCUACGAAGGAUUGCUGACAUCCAGUGGCGACACCAUAUUGGUAAUGCAGAGGGUCGGCAUCGUGUGUUCGGGCACAGAGAUGAUAAUACAAUUGGUGUCACCAUCUUGAAACACCGACUUCGGUGGCUUGGACAUGUUCUACGAAUGUCGUCCCAGAGAAUUCCACGUCGUGCACUAUUUGCCGACUCUGAGACUUGUUGGAAGAAGCGGAGAGGUGGUCAGUGCAUGACAUGGUGUCGUGGGAUGAAAGAAAGGUGCAAAGGACUGGCUUCUGUUGGUCCUUCACGACUCCCUUGCUGGAGUCCGAGAGUUGGUGCUACACAGUGGCUAGAGACGUUGUCAGAUAUGUCUCAGAAUAGAAGCCAGUGGCGAUCCUGCUGUAACCUUUUACUUUCUUCAUAAAAAGUGGUUGUGUCUCCCUUAACUGAAAGAUUUCUUCUGAUUGUACCUUUCUGUUCCGUCAUUUUUACCAUUAUUAUUAUUACACCACCUUACAUCAAUCUUUUUUUCUCUUUCCCCUUAAAUUCUUAUUGUUUUGUGUGGU